AUCAGGUUAGAUUGCGCGCUGGCUGGGAACGAGUUGCUCUGCGCGUGCAAUGUUUGCAAAUUAGGCGGAAGUCAAAUGAGGUCUUUCAAGCAACUCCGCCUGACAGCGAGCGAUUGUGAAGUUCUUCGGCAGAGCCCAGAAGGCACGGCCGCCCUGACGCAGCCCCUCAGCCAGAGACCGGGCAGCCGAGAUUCCUGUAGGCGCCUUGGCCCAACUCCUCGGAGGAGGAAGAAGUGUUCCAAAGGCCACCAAAGGACCAUCACAGAUUACUUCAGGAGUAGAUCCCACAUCUCGCCAUGCUCCGGUAAGAUGGCGGAAAGCCAGAAACCCAAAGUUGAGGAACCUCUGGAGAACUUCGCUCUUGACGCGGCGUCCGACUCAGACGACUCUUGCAGUCUUCUUGACGAUGGAAGGGACACGUCGGCGGCCCCCCAAGAAACGGUUACGUUUCUCCCCGGGACCUAGCGACUCCGACGGAAAUGCUGGCCAGGAGGUCCAAGAACACAAACCGUGGUUGGUGAGGCUUUCUGAAGAGAGCUCAGGCGAUGGACCGGUCAAGCAGGAAGAGGUGGAUCCACUUCCCGAUGUCCACUUUGGGCUCUUAGGAACCACAUCUGGGGAUGACGUACCUCAGGGGACCAUGGAGAAACUGCCAGAUGAAAUCCUUCAACAGGUCUUUGCCCUGGUACCUCUGGUUGAUCUCCUCCAGAACCUCUGUCUGGUGUGUCGACGUUGGAAGCGCAUCAUCUCUGACGUGAAGUUCAUUCCUUGGAAGAAGGUUUACUAUCAGUAUUUGAAGGGAGUCGACCACGCCUCGUUGACCCUCCGAAUCGUUCUGCAACGAUACGGCCUAACCAAGGAGAACCCCCGAUGCAUGCUGGGAUUUAUCCGGUGUGUGGCUGAUGUUCGGAGCUGUCACUGCCGAGAUCCCACCGCUGCCCUCGCGUGUCUGAAACGCCACUCGCUCUUUCUCAAGGCAGAAGUCUGCAUCGCCAAAAAUCUUCCGGAUUUGGACGGUCGCAAAGAGAAACCGGCCUACGUUCGGGCAGUGAUGGCGGCCAUUGUGCUCUUGGCUGGAGGCGUUCGUGACAUUCAGGAGCUGGUGGGCUGUCUUCAAAGACCCAGCUCCCCCAUGUCGCUGAUGGACAUCCUUGAGGUGUUGUAUUCCACGGCAACCCUACUUUAUGCCAUGCGGAAGAAUGAGGUCCAGAUCAGUAACCGGCUUCACUACAAUGUUUUUUAUUGCCUGUAUCACCUGGAAACUUUUCCCUUCAGCCCGGCUGUCAAACAUAAUCCCAAAUUAUCCAGCGGCAAAAGAGGCCUCAGGCCUGUUUUACAACCUACUAGUGAACAACAACAGAUCUUAAACCAUGCCCUUGCACCUGGAGAGGUGGUAAAAAUUGUGGCUUUCGCAGGCACUGGAAAAACAUCCACUCUGAUCCAGUACGCCACGAGGUGGUCCGAGCUGAACUUCUUGUACUUGGCGUUCAACAAGACCAUCGCACAACAGGCGUCGCAGGUUUUCCCUGCCAACGUCACCUGUAAAACCAUCCACUCCUUAGCGUUUGCAGAAGUCGGCAGGCAUUACGGACGGAAGCUUAACCUGGGCUCGCUGACUUCCUACCUGGUCAGCUUUGUCCUCUCCAAUCGCCAGGGCCAGUCUCCGUUCAUCAGAGCCAAGACGGUCGUUCAGACCCUCGCUGCCUUUUUCGCUUCGGCGGAUGUGGCCAUCACCGUGGAACACACGCCCAUUUGGUGCAAGAACAACCGUGGACAAAAAGUCCUUGUGGAGGAACACGAAAAACACAUCAUUGUCGAAGAAGCGAAACAAAUAUGGGCCAAGAUGAAAGAGCUGGGCCCAACCGAGGAGGUGGCACACAGAAUGACGCACGACGGUUACUUGAAACUUUGGCAACUCCAGAAGCCUUCUCUUUCCAACUACGACGCCAUCUUGGUGGAUGAGGCCCAAGAUUGCACCCCCGCGGUUAUGGACAUUGUCCUCUCGCAAACAUGUGGGGUGAUCUUGGUAGGAGAUCCACACCAACAGAUCUACACCUUCCGAGGUGCUGUCAACUCACUUUUGAACGUGCCCCACAGCCGCAUCUUCUACCUGACGCAGAGUUUUCGCUUUGGCUCCGAAAUAGCUUACGUUGGCGCAACCCUUCUGGAUGUUUGCAAGAAAGUCGGGAAUAAAACCCUGGUGGGAAACAACCAGGAAAGUGACGUCAGUGGGGUCGGCGUGGAGGGGAAGGUGGCUCGCUUAUCCCGGAACAACCAAACCGUCUUUGAGGAUGCGGUGAACGUUACAGGUGGAAACUCACCUGCUAAGAUACACUUGCUGGGGGGUCUUAAAGCCUUUGGCCUUGAGAAGAUUCAUGACCUCUGGAAGCUGCUUCAUCCUGAAUUGAAACUCGAGGUAAAGGAUUUCUUCAUCAAGAGGUGGGUUGAGAAGGGUUUGGCCAGCAUCAAGGACUAUGCGGAAAAAUCAGAAGACAAACAACUGGAAAUAAAAAUUGGAAUUGUGGAGAAAUACCGGGAACGUAUUCCGGAGCUGGUAAACAGGAUACGCCAGUGCCAUGUUUGGCAUCCAGAAGAUGCAGAUUACAUCCUAGGGACUGUGCACAAGGCCAAAGGGCUGGAAUUUGACACCGUCCAAAUAUCUGGUGACUUUGUCAGCAUCCCGUUUACAUGGCCCUAUCUUGGAAGGUUUCCUCGGAACCCACCUGCUCUCCCAGAAGCCAUUCCGGAAGAUGAGUGGAAUUUGCUGUACGUCGCUGUCACUCGAGCCAAGAAGCGUCUCGUCAUGUCCAGAUUUCUUGCCGAUAUCCUAAAAGUCACCAAGGAAUACUACGUACGCUUUGAAUUAACCGAGGAAGUGUGCAAGAAGAUGUCACUCUGGUGUUCGGAGCACGGCUGCUGCAAUUCCAUCCCAGCAGAUUCUCUGCUAAUCCCCGAAAGGAUGAAUUUUGUUUACACGGACGGCACCAGAAUCCCCGAGGGAUUACUUUGUCCUUCUUGCGCAGUGUGGAGACUUGGACCCAUUGCACAGCUCACAGGAUCGCCCACGAUGGAGCAGGACACAACCAGCCCCCCAGAAAACAUUGAAGUUCCCUCUAUGGUCCACAUCCUCCUCGAAGCCUUUUGAGUUCCUCAAAAAAGAAAAGGAAAAAGAAAAGAAAAGAAAUUGCACUGGGCGUUUUUCAAGAAAAAGAAAGCAAGGCAAAAAAUGGUAAAAAAGGACUCGAUAAAGAGUUCACUACCCUGACAGAACGCCAGAUUUCUGUUGCCGAGUGAGACAGAUGUUAAGUAAUUUUGACCCCUUUUUACGACCCUUCUUUCUCCUGAGUUGUAAAGUGAAUCACCGCCGUUGUUCAGUAAAAUGAAAUCUGGCUUCCUCAUGGGCUUUGCUUGUCAGAACGUCACCAAAGAGGGUCACAUGACUGUGGGACGCUUAUGACUGUCAUAAAUAUGAGUCAGCUGCCAAGCAUCUGAAUUCUGAUCACGUCACCGUUGAGAUGCCGCAACGGUGCGGUGUGAAAAACAAUCAUUAUCACUUUUUUGUCAGUGCCGUUGUAACUUGGAACAGUCACUAAAUCUUCCUCUUUGAACGACCCCGUAAUCCCUUGAGGAAUGGAGUCGGGGCAACUGAAUGGAGCUGAGUGUUUACUGGUCGGAUGCCCUUCCUGUCGCCAAUGCAGAGUUUUGUUCGGUAGAUAUAUUCUCAUUGUGCCCAGAGAGAAAUAUCUGCCUCUACGCAGGAUUGAACUCACAGCCUCCUGAUUGUGAGGCGAGAGCUCCACCUCCGGGCCACCGCACCACUUUGAACAGUCACUAAAUGAACCGUUUUAAGUCAAGGACUGCCUGUAGAUUUAACUGAUCAGACCUUAAAUUCUGGUGGGAUUUUAGGCUCACUUAUCACCCACUGGCUUUCCAUGCUGUGUCCUGAAAGAACAAUAGAAAGGAUAUAAAGUUUUAUUUCUGGUUCUCUUCGUGGUCUUCCAUUGUGAGAGAGGCUGUUUCAAUGCUGGUGCUCUUAAAAGUCCAAAAAAAUCUGAGUUUUUUUAUAUCUUGCAAAGUUUUUAUAGAUUUAAGCCAUUCUAGCAGCCUUGCACUAACGCCAGGGCCCUGGGGCUGCAUUUUUUAUACAGUGAAGUUGUUUUUUUUAAAAAAAAACUUUUUGCAAAAAGGAAAGGGUAAUUUUUCCCAAAUUGUUGUGCCUAGAAAGGAAACCCUCCGUCUCUUUCCAAUGUCUCUUUCGCCCUUUCUCAUUCGUUCUUCAGGAACAAAGUGAUGUUUGCAGUCAUUUUGUCUUUAGUGUGUUUGUAAUAAAAAUUGUUUUGGCCUGGACGUGUACUGGGCUUGCUUUAGAAUAUUACUAGCUGAAUAGCUGUGCUCCGCUACGAAACUAUGUGAUCGGGCUUGAUAAAUUGACACAGUUUGAAAAUUAAUGAGUAGUUACGAUUGGCUCUCUCCCCUUCUCUCUCUCAAGCUUUCUAGCCCCCCCUCAGGCUUUCUAGGCCCUUCGCCUCCCUCAGGCUUUCUACCCCCUUCGCCUCCCUCAGGCUUUCUAGCCCCUCUCAGGCUUUCUAGCCCCCCUCAGGCUUUCUAGGCCCUUCUCUCCCUCAGGCUUUCUAGCCCCUCUCAGGCUUUCUAGCCCCCUCAGGCUUUCUAGGCCCUUCUCUCCCUCAGGCUUUCUAGCCCCUCUCAGGCUUUCUAGGCCCUUCGCCUCCCUCAGGCUUUCUAGCCCCCCUCAGGCUUUCUAGGCCCUUCGCCUCCCUCAGGCUUUCUAGCCCCUCUCAGGCUUUCUAGGCCCUUCUGUCCCUCAGGCUUUCUACCCCCUUCGCCCUCAGGCUUUCUAGCCCCUCUCAGGCUUUCUAGCCCCCCUCAGGCUUUCUAGGCCCUUCUCUCCCUCAGGCUUUCUAGCCCCUCUCAGGCUUUCUAGCCCCCCUCAGGCUUUCUAGGCCCUUCUCUCCCUCAGGCUUUCUAGCCCCCCUCAAGCUUUCUAGGCCCUUCUGUCCCUUAGGCUUUCUAGGCCCUUCGCUCCCGCAGGCUUUCUAGCCCCCCUCAGGCUUUCUAGGCCCUUCUGUCCCUCAGGCUUUCUACCCCCUUCUCUCCCUCAAGCUUUCUAGGCCCUUCUGUCCCUCAGGCUUCCUAGCCCCUUCGCUGCCUCAGGUUUUCUAGGCCCUUCUUUCCCUCAGGCUUUCUAGGUCUUUCUGUCACUCAGGCUUUCUAGCCCCCCUCAGGCUUUCUAGGCCCUUCUGUCCCUCAGGCUUUCUAGCCCCCCUCAGGCUUUCUAGGCCCUUCUGUCCCUCAGGCUUUCUAGCCCCCCUCAGGCUUUCUAGGCCCUUCUGUCCCUCAGGCUUUCUAGCCCCCCUCAGGCUUUCUAGGCCCUUCUGUCCCUCAGCUUUCUAGCCCCCCUCAGGCUUUCUAGGCCCUUCUGUCCCUCAGGCUUUCUAGCCCCCCUCAGGCUUUCUAGGCCCUUCUGUCCCUCAGACUUUCGAGCCCCCCUCAGGCUUUCUAGGCCCUUCUGUCCCUCAGGCUUUCUACCCCCUUCUCUCCCUCAAGCUUUCUAGGCCCUUCUGUCCCUCAGGCUUCCUAGCCCCUUCGCUCCCUCAGGUUUUCUAGGCCCUUCUUUCCCUCAGGCUUUCUAGGCCCUUCUGUCCCUCAGGCUUUCUAGCCCCCCUCAGGCUUUCUAGGCCCUUCUGUCCCUCAGGCUUUCUAGCCCCCCUCAGGCUUUCUAGGCCCUUCUGUCCCUCAGGCUUUCAGCCCCCCUCAGGCUUUCUAGGCCCUUCUGUCCCUCAGGCUUUCUAGGCCCUUCUCGCCCUCAGUUUUUUUAGGCUCUUCUCUCCCUCAGGCUUUCUAGUAAGGUGACCAACUUUUUUACAAUGAGAAAGAAGACAAAUAAAUUGAAGAAAAAAAUAUUGUAAAUAAAAGAAACAUUUUAUUCAUUGCAACAAUAAUACAGAAUAUAAUAUGAUAAAUGCAUAAUAAAAAUAUUUGUAACAAUAACAUUUUAUAUUGUAA